UUUUCGCGUUUCAAAAUGAAUUUAAACGUUAACAUGUUUUCGGCCAAAAAGGUGAAGCUCCAUGGGAUGCAGUCCGACAAAUGGACAACAAAAGACAAGAUAAAUCAGUACAAGGGACUCAUCAGUCUUUACACUAGAGACCGGAAGAUUAUCGAACUCGACACAAAUGUGACUCGGAGAAAACUGACGCGGCUUAUUAAAGACUUGCAACGGGCGGUUUACAAUGAUCGAAGGGAGCUGGACAACCAAAUUAGGGGCGAUAAACAAAAACUGCGCAACACUUUAGCCGAACACCGGGAGCUUCAGUUGGCCUUCCAAAAUUCACAGCCGAAGAAAGUGAUUGAGGAAAUUAAACAACGUAAUUUUAACAGACGCAAGGUCCUGGACCGGUUGAAAUACGAGAAAAAGAUGCGGUCGCAAAAACUGAUAGAUCUAAAGUUGGAGCAAGCGCUGCUGGAGGACCGCCUAAAAUACGCAUUCCUCGGCCAAAUCAAACAGGAGAAAGAGGCGCAGAUUAUAACCGGCAAAUUACAGGACGCUAUUUUGCGCAAAGAAGGCGCCUCGGCGAUCUAUCACAUCUACCGCGAGAUAAUCGACAUUAUGAAAAAAGACGCUUUAUACUUUGACGCGAUUAUAGCAACGGUAAAGUACGACGGCUUCAGCCAAAGCAAAUGCUUCCUGGGCGCUACCAAACUGGGACAACUCGCCACGGAAUACUUGGACGACAGGAGACAAGAAUACGACACUUUGGAAAAGAUUAUAAUCAAAGAUAUGACCACUCGUAAGACUGACAUUCGCGUUUUGCAAGAACACAUUGACCGUGCGACUGCUAGCAUUAAGCUGUUGUUGCGAAAAGAUAGCGACCUCACAACAUGUGCUAAAAGUAUCAGGGAUUCCGCCAGCAUGGAAAAUCUGCGGCGAGAUGUGGGCCAGGUUGAAAAAACCCUUGUCUAUCUUAAAAACACAACGCUGGCACGGUCUUAUGAUACGAUAUAUCCUUGUCUGGAAGAACAGCUCAAGCAAAAACGGCGUCUGAAGCGCCUGACAAAAAAAUGUGAACGCGAUAGAGACAUCAUGUUGAACAAAACCAACCACGCUAAUUUAAUGAACUCGGUUUUGAAGAAUACGAUGAAUGAGACAACUGUCGAAUACAGAGCAAGGAAGACGGAAUUAAAGGAUGAAGUGGAGAGACUCAGGAGUGAAAAAAAAAGAUAUGCAAAACUGCUACAAAUCAAGCGAACAAUAGCUGCAAAUAUUCGCAUAGGUUUGCGGCAACUUUUACAAGUCUCGUAUGAACUGUCGGAUGAAACUAAGAAAAAACCUGCUCCUAGCUCACACCCUUUUGGUGUUUUGGCCGAGAGGAAGGACAAACCACAGGAAAUUGUCGAAGAUGAAAUCGACGGAUCAAAAAUUGUGCCAAUUUUGGUGGCCAAAUUCACUCCCUUAAUGUCACACUACUUUGCGCUCAAACACGAGCCAAAGUCCGAUGAGGCUUUUCGAAAUAUUGAAUCAAUGAUGCAGGAGCGAAUGAUUCUGGCAGACCAGUCUGAGGCACCCCUGAGUGAAGCUUCCUUGUUGGAGGGUUUAUAUGUUGAAGCCAGUGAGCAACUGACAAGGGAGGAUAUUAAAAAACAGAGUCAGGAAAUCGUUGCAGCGAAUACGAAAAACGAAGAUUUAGUUCCACUAAUUGUCGUUCCGUUCAACAAGUGGAAGAAAAUGCAAAAGCAGCAAAAAAAUUAAUGGGAUUUAAUGAUAAAUUAUUAAUAAAAAUACUCAACAUC